UUUUCCUCAGUUCACGUGCGUUAUAAUUUUUGAUUGUGUCGUUGUUUCUUAUUGUAAUUUAUGUUUUCUCAAUCUAAAAUGGAAAGAAAUAAAACUACUGCUUGUUUUAUAAGCACGCCUGGUUUUUGCUCGGACUGUGGAUCAAUUCUGCCAUUGUUGGGCGAUACUGGAGGUGUAACAUGUUACGCUUGUAAAAGAAUUUGGGGCCCCGAAGCUUUUGGAGAUUUGGCAAUGUCGUAUACAAUUCAUUUCAACACAAAAAAUGUUUAUGGUUCCACGAAACAAAAGGAUAACAAGAAGGAAGAAGCAGAGGGUCCAAUUGUUGAAAGAAAAUGCCCUCAAUGCCAAAAUGAUAAAAUGUCAUAUGCUACUUUACAAUUGAGGUCUGCGGAUGAAGGACAAACAGUUUUUUAUACAUGUACUAAGUGCAAAUUCAAAGAAACAGAGAAUUCAUAACACGUAUUCAUUUAUUGCAUUUCAAGCAUUAAAUAUACUACAACUUAGUCAACUGAUCCAGGAUGAUCUUCAAAACAUGAACACUCUGUGUUAAUAAAA